AUGUUGUCUCGUUUACAUGGAGUAGGUCCUUUACUGACAACAGCUAGUGAUGGAUUUUUCAUUAAUCUAUCGUGGUUACUACUUCAAUUAAGUGUUCCAUUUACUGAGAGUAAAACAGGAACAAACCCUCGCCUGAUGUCAGUUGAUCCAGGUUACUGUACAUUAGGAGAAAACUAUGACAAGCCUUAUGUUGAUUUUUCACAAGAAACAAAAAUGGCUAAUGUUACAAGAGACCCACGCUAUGCACCCUCAAUUAUUGGAGUUGUGUCUCACAUUCUAUACGGCCACAGCAACAUGUACCCAGAGGUUCAAAGGUCAUUGUUUGAGUCACACUCUAUAGCAUCAUGUUAUCUGUUCCAAUCUCUGUUAACAAUAUUCAUUGAUAUAGAACACACUGGAGACUCAAUGGAAUUUGAAGAUAAAUUUCAAUAUCGACUUCCCAUGUACAAAAUACUCAAAUUUUUAUGGAGUAUUCCAUCUUAUCAGCAAAGUAUCCAAGCUUUAGGAGAACAGCCUCGAGAGUUAGUAUGUAGUAUAAUUGGAAUCUAUUUGAAUUUAGGACGAGAGCCUGCCUUCUGUCAAGCUAUACCAAGAGAUGGGCGGAGUUUCUCCAUGGGACUAUUUGAUCUUGCAUUAAAUGUCCUCAAGCGUCUUGGUAAACCCAUUGAAAUGUGUACUGGAUUAGUAAGAAUGAGAGAGAAAGUGAGACAAUGUUCCCAACAACUACACCUUGAACAAGAGAUGAUGGAUGAUGCCCCUGAUGAAUUUUUGGACCCCUUGAUGGCUGAAAUAAUGAGUGAUCCUGUCACAUUACCCACAUGGAAAACAAUGGAAAGAAGUGUUAUCAUUCGCCAUCUACUUAGUGAUCAGACUGAUCCGUUUAGUAGACAACCAUUGACAGCAGAUAUGUUAAUAUCUAAUGAUGAGCUGAGACAAAGAAUUGAAGAAUGGAAAGAGCAGAAAUCUAUAAAUAAAAAGGAAACAUCUUAG